AUGUUCGCUCCACGGAUGGACCAGCUGAGAGCUCAGCUGGAUACGGCUCAAAUACCUCGUCAAUGUCACUCACGAGACUUGAGAACAUCUUGGAUGACAAUGGCGAGGGAACGAAACGAGUGGAAGAGAUGCUGGGCACGCACGUUCAGUGAAGACGGGCCAUCCAAGUAUCUAAUGUGUAAAAACCCUCCAGUUCAAGCUGAUACAAUUCGAUAUACGUUUCUGAAGAAGCACAAUGAACUCAGAAGAGAUCUCGCUAAAGGAACUCUUGAUGCCGCAAAGGGUACAUUAAGAGGAUCCACAAGUCUGUUUGCAAUGGUACAGAGCGAGGCAAUUAUCCUAGCGACCAUGGAUGCCAAAGUCGUGGACGAAAUAGAGGGGCAAGUGUUCGAAGACUGGUCAUACACAAGAUUUGAUGGUACUCUUGACCAGGAAACGGUCAUUUACGACGAUGAGACCAUCGAACCAUUUGCGAAUAUAAUAUACAACAAAUCGAUUUCGCUAGCGUGCGUGGCGACAUAUUGCGAUUCGACGAAAAAGAGGGCAUACGCCUGUGUUUACAGUAGCAGCCCGAAACGUGGAGAACCACUUUACUUGCCUGGUCCUAAUGCUAAACGUUGCACUAAAAAUGCAUGUACGAAAGCUAUAGAAGGAAGCACGUGCAUAACCGAUACAGAUAGUACAGACACAUUUCCUGCAGGGCUUUGUAGAACGAAGGAGUUGGUAGUACCUGAAACUGAUCCUGUAACUGAAUCAACAAUAGAACCAAAUCCAGAAAAAUCAAGUGAAGCAACAUCUACACCCAAUACAAAUCCGAAUAUUAUGACACAGGAAAUACGAGAUAGGAUAAUCACGUUACACAAUUUUCGAAGAACGCUGCUUGCUAAAGGUGAAGUCAGAAAUGGAAAACAAGGAAAUCCAAAUUGUGGCACAGCAACUAAUAUGUACAGAAUGAAAUAUAACAUGUCAUUGGAAGAGGAAGCCCAAGCAUAUGCGAAUACGUGCGCUCUCGAUAUCUCCGAUGUGUCAACUCGUCCACAAUCGGGAGAAAAUGCUUAUGUAAUUGUGUCGCCAGAUAUUCAACCGCUUCCUGCAAUAAUAGAAUCUAUACAAGCCUGGUGGAAGCAAAUCUAUGAAAAUGGCGUGAACGCAAAAAUGCUUUAUAAUGAAUAUCUAGAAACAAAAUACAAAGCACCAAUUAGAUUUACACAGAUGGCUUGGGCUUCUUCUUAUAUGGUUGGUUGCGGAUUGGCUCGUUGCUCCGGUUCAACUUUCGUAGUAUGCCGCUACUAUCCACGUGGAAAUAUCAUCGGCCAGAACAUCUACGCAGUUGGACCUACAUGCUCAGCGUGUCCGAAUGCUUGCAGUGAUUCACUUUGUAAUACACCACGUUAA